AUGGAUAAAUAAUCAUGUUGCUUAUAUGAGCGUUUUGGUGGCGAUUAACAAGUUUCCGAGUUGAUUGAUUAAUUUUACUAUAAGGUGUUGUUUGAUAAGCUCUUAAGAGACAAAUUUCUAAAGGCAGAUAUGAGUAGAGUCAGAUAUCAAUAAAAGCGAUUCUUCUCACAAAUGAUGGGAGACUAGAAAACUCAAUAUACUGGAAGAGACUUAAUUGAGGUCCAUCGAAAUCUUGGUAUCUCAGAUUAGCAAUUUGAUAAGUUUAAGCUUCAUUUAAAAAGCAUUGCUUAAGAUAUGGAAGUAGGUGUGGAGGAUAUCGAAGAAUUGUUGGAACAUGUGGAAAGACAUAGAAAUGUUAUUGUUUUUAAUAAAUGA